ACCUUUAGAAACGUCACGUCUCGCUGUGCACGUUCUCUUCUUUUAGUUCUUCACCGGCUGGUGGAUCAUGAUCGACGCCGCUGUGGCGUAUCCAACCCAGGAGCAGAUGAACCACGCCUUCCACACCUGUGGCGUCUUUUCCACCAUCGCUUUCUUCAUGAUUAAUGCAGUUUCCAACGGCCAGGUGAGAGGGGACACGUACGGAGAAGGCUGUAUGGGCCGGACAGGAGCUCGUCUCUGGCUCUUCAUUGGCUUCAUGAUGAUGUUCGGCUCGCUCAUCGGCUCCAUCUGGAUCCUGUUUGGAGGCUACGUAGUGCCGAAGAAAGAAGUGGCUCCGGGGCUGGCUGUGUUCUUUCAGAACGCCUUCAUCUUUUUUAGAAAGAAGAACUAAAGCCAGGUGGAUCGAUACCAGCGCGAAAAGAAGCUUUGACAUCCACACAGACUGUAAAUACCAGAUUUCUCAGGGAGGGGCUUUCCAGCUCUAAAUGAGUGUUUCUGUUUUCUAACCUGCUGCAGAUUAAUGAUUGAUUCACACCCCGUCUUGGUUGGAGUUUGUCUUAGUCCAUCAGGACCAUCAUGUUUCACCUCCACCUGCCUUGUGUUCAUGUUAGUUUAAGCACAGCUGUGUAGCUGUUACAAGACAGAGAGCUUCAUUAGCCUCCAAACAUCACAGCACUGUGGAGCUGAGCUCGAGCUGGGCGAUAUAUCGAGUUUUUAAAAAAUAUCGAUAUAUUU